AUGAAUUUGAAAAAGAAUCCAUCUUGUUUUCUCUCCUUUAUAAUCAUUUAUUCUAUUCUUCUACCAACCUUAUUCUUCUCUUUUUCUCUCUCUAUCUUUCUCCUACCCCCUCCCAUUUUAAAUACAUUUCCCUCCACUUCUUCCUAUUUUCAAAAACAUUAUCGUUCAUAUUUGAUCUACCUCUUUGGUGUUGACGAGCCCGUUCUAGCGUCGCGUUUAUCUGUACCCGACUCCACCACAACCCUUAACCCUCUUUAUCUAUAUAACUCUCUCCUCCAUUAUAGACCAAUUCUUACUCCCUCACCUUCUAUUCUUAUCUUUUUCUCUUUUCUUUCUCUCUUUCCUAUGCCUUUCAAUUUUCCUGACGGUGCCACAUCUAUAGAAGUGACAUCGCACCGAAAAGAAUUCUCAAAUGAAAAGCCCACCAAAAACAUGGAGUCGGAAAACACAAUCUUCCUUCCCAAGCGUAUUUUGGAAAAAAAGAAGGCGAUUUAG